AUGAAGUUCGCCAUUGCCUCCCUCUUCCUCGCCGUCACCGGCCUGGUCAACGCCCUCCCCUCCUCCGAGGUUGAGGCCGACGCUCCCAACCUGUCCGUCAGAGCGAAAUCCGGAGACUCUUGCAGCAAGUCCGGUAGUGUUACCUGCUACGCUCAAAAAGGCCAACCUCAAACUUCCAUUCUCGUUUGCUCUGGUGGCAAGUGGAAAACUCAGGCUAAUUGCGCGCGUGGGACCACUUGCAAAUAUGACAGUGGUAAGAACUGGGCUUGGUGCGGGUAA